AUGUUCCUCCAGCGUGGAUCGAGAGCCCUCCGCUCGCAAUGGGGAGCUUCCAAGGCCGUCGGCCGCGUCGCCAUGGGCAAAACACCACAGUCCGGGGUCCCCAGAUGGUUCUCCGAGUCCAGACGCUUGUGCGCAAUCAAGCCUGUCUUGCUGGCGGAUAUCGGUGAAGGAAUCGUCGAAUGCGAGGUCAUCCAGUGGUUCGUCGAGCCCGGCGCCCGCGUCGAGGAAUUCUCCCCGCUCUGCGAGGUCCAGAGCGACAAGGCCUCGGUCGAAAUCACCUCGCGCUUCACCGGCACCGUCAAGAAGCUCUACUACGAGGCCGGCGAGAUGGCCAAGGUCGGCAAGCCCUUUGUCGACAUUGACAUUCAGGGCGGCGCCGCAGAUGCAGAGGCACCCCCCGCCAAGGAGGCAGCGCCCUCAGCUCCCGCCCCGGCCGAGGCCCAGUCUCCUGCGCCGGCCCCCGUCUCUACUCCUACAGAAUCGCCCGCCGCGGCGGCAGCGCCGCCAAAGCAAAAGGGCAAGGGCGCCGCCAUCUCGACGCCCGCGGUGCGCCACCUCUCCAAGGAGCGCAACGUUGACAUCAACGACAUUGACGGCACCGGCAGGGACGGCCGCGUCACCAAGGAGGACAUUCUCAAGUUUGUCCAGAACAGAGACGCCGGGCCGGCGGCACCCGCUUCGGCGGCGCCGACCGACUCCGCCGUACAGACGGAGACGCGACAGCCGCUCACGACGACGCAGCAGAUGAUGUUCAAGAGCAUGUCGCGCUCCCUCACCAUCCCCCACUUUCUCUACGCCGACGAGGUCGACUUCUCGGACCUCGUCAGCCUGCGCGGCCGCCUCAACAAGGUCCUCGCCAAGACGCCGGCCGAGGGCGGCGCGCUCUCCAAGCUGUCCUACCUGCCCUUCAUCAUCAAGGCCGUCUCCCUGGCGCUGUACCAGUUCCCGAUCCUCAACGCGCGCGUCGAGCUCGACGCCGCCAGCAACAACAAGCCCUCGCUAGUCAUGCGCUCCCAGCACAACAUCGGCGUCGCCAUGGACGCCCCGCAGGGCCUGGUCGUGCCCGUCAUAAAAAACGUCGGCAGCCUCAACAUCGUCGCCAUCGCCGCCGAGCUCAACCGCCUGCAGGCGCUCGCCCAGCAGGGUAAGCUGGCCCCCGCCGACAUGGCCGGCGGCACCAUCACCGUCUCCAACAUUGGCAACAUUGGCGGCACCUACCUCAGCCCCGUUAUUGUCGAGCGCGAGGUCGCCAUCCUCGGCAUCGGCCGCAUGCGCACCGUCCCCGCGUUUGACGAGCACGACAACAUCGUCAAGAAGCAGAUUUGCAACUUUAGCUGGAGCGCCGACCACCGCGUCGUCGACGGCGCGACCAUGGCCCGCGCGGCCGACGUUGUCCGCAGCGUCGUCGAGGAGCCCGACGUCAUGGUCAUGCAUCUCCGCUAA